AUGCAAAAUUUCUACAUUCCCCUGAAGAAUAACGCCAUUCACAAGGCAUCUGUUACAAGCAACGUUGAGCAGUAUAUCGACUUCGUAAUGCUUCUUAAAUUGCGUUCCAUGUUCUCGGGCUUAGUGAAACUCAAGUUUGAAAGAGAAUCCAUGGAAUCUUAUCUGUUUUCGGGCUUCCUUGGCUUUGCGAUGGUGAAUAUGUUAUUUGCAAGUGGAAGAAGACUAGUUCCCUUCUCUCAGUACUACAACAUCACUUGGGGAAAAAGUCAUUUUACUAGCCUCGACAGCGGGACAAGAGUCCAACUUAAAUUGGAUAAUAGAUCAGGGUCUGGCUUUGAAUCUAAAUCACAUCUUCUAUCUGGAUUAUUUAACAUGAAGGUCAAAAUUCCAGAAAAUAAAUCACAAGGAGUUGUUACCACCUUCUAUCUAACUUCAAAGGAAGCCCAUCACGAUGAGAUUGAUUUUGAGUUCAUUGGUAGCAACGGGCCACCUUUUGAUUUGAGUACAAACGUAUUCACAAAAGGAGUUGGAGGCCGGGAGCAAAAAUUUCGUCUCUGGUUUGAUCCGUCUACCGAUUUCCAUUCCUAUACGAUUCUUUGGAAUCAAUACCAAGUAGUGUUUUUCGUGGACGACAUACCGAUCAGAGUGUUCAAGAACUUGGGGAACAAGACGAGCUACCCAACGCAAGGGAUGAAAGUGGAAGCGACGAUAUGGGCCGCCGAAGGGUGGGCCGGGAAGGUCAAUUGGUCCAAGGGCCCAUUUAAAGCCCAAUACCAAGGCUUCGACCUCGACGCGUGCAUCGUGUCCAACGUUUCGAAUCCAAGAAUAUGCAACUAUACUGGCGGCGAUGCCUGGGCGCGAAUUCAGGAUCUAAACGCAGAGCAAGUAGCGCAAUACCAAAUUGCCAGGAGACACUACUUGCAUUACGACUAUUGUACGGAUAAGACUAGAUAUGCUCAGCCUCCUCCCGAAUGCCAAGUACAGAUAAAAAUUUGA